AUGGGGUUCUGGCGCUACCCCGGCUCGCUCACCACGCCGGGCUGCGAUGAGAUUGUUGAGUGGCACGUGCUGCGCAAGGCCCAGUUCCUCUCCGUUGCUCAGGGUGCGUGCCAAACGUCGCGCGCGCAAUCGCCGAUUAACAUCGAGCCGUCGAUGGCGGUGAAAGGCAAGGACCUGCGCUUCCUCAACAUCAGCUACGCCCUCAGCAAAUCGCUCACCGUUUCUAACUUCGGCUUCACAGGAGGGGUGCAACCGCAAGCCGGCACGGAGAAUUUUAUGUACACGUCAACGGGCAAGUUUCGUCUGCUCGGCAUUCUGCUGCGCGCCUCGUCGGAGCACACCAUCCUCGGCGCGCCCGCGCCGCUCGAGGCGCACUUCGUGCACGAAAACGUCGCCAACCCCGCGAAGGGCGCAAUCAUUUCUGUGAUGAUCGUGAUUCACAAGAACAACGUCCGAAACCCGUGGCUCGACAAGUGGCUGCCGUACAUUCCCAAGGCGGUGAACACGUCAGUGUCCGUGCCCGCAACGACCAACUUCAAGGAGGCGUUGAACGUCAAGUACGGCUUCUGGUAUUACCGCGGCUCCACCACGUACCCGCCCUGCGCGCCCAACAUCGAGUGGUUCAUCCUCAAGCGCGGCCUCUACGGCUCCGUCGAGCAGUACCCAGCUCUGACUGAGCAGUCUCCUUUCUCCGUCCCUGGGCCCGUUGGAUCCAACGGCAACAUGCAAGAGCCCCACACCCAAGAGCCCAGGCACGCAGACGGGACACAGCAGCAAGUCCGCCGCGAAUCCAAAUCGCCACCACCAGCGUCGACACUGUCUCGAGAUGAAGCGUCCCUCAGGAGCAGCAAGGCCCCCACCCCUGCUGCAGGCACUCCCCUUCCACGCGCGACCUCGGCACCUGUGGGUGCUUCUUCUACGCCUUCAAAGGAGGACCCAGCCGCUGCAAAGCCAGGUAGCAAGAGCCUGGCUGAGCUUGUAAGGGAUACGGAUCUGGAGCCAGAUGAGGAGGUUGCUAGGUAUGGCGAGAUGAAGAACUAUGUUGAGGCUAUGGCCAAAAAUCGCUCUCCGGAGAAGGGUGCUGCAGAGGGUGGAGAAGGAACAGGGAGCAGCACUGGCGCUUUUUCUGGGAAGGAAGGUCACGCCAUUCCAGAUGAGGAGGUGAAGCACCUGAAGCCCCAGCAGCGAGCAUGA